UCUCCAAAAGUAGCCCUGUCGCACCUCAUUCCCUCCCCCCUGGCCCACCCGGAUAGAGCAACUUGUGACCCCAAGAAUCCGUUCAUCGGCUUACUAAUCCGCUAGGACCUUUGAAUCAUACAAUGUCUGUAUCUCAUCGAAACACAGAGACGACAGGUUUAACACAUACCUUGCUGGCAUUCUCUUCUCGCUCUGUACGAAACACAACUAUCUCUCUUUCUCCUUCCACAUCCGGCCUUAUCUCUCCAACCCCUCUCUACGUUGUCGAGACCCCGAAGAAAUUCGGUGAUCCACCUAACACGAUAUACAGGAUCAGCAGUGAUGGGAAGAAGGAGCACGUUGCUACCUUGAUAUGGAGAACGUUUCGAAAAGACCUGAUUGUCAUUGGUGGAGAGACCAAAGAAUUGAGGCAAGUCUUACCAAGGAAAGGAUUCUUUUUCAGGUAUACGAUGCCCACGCUAACGGGCGAUUGGGCAUGGAAAACGCUAUUCGAUAGGCCCGAGCUUUUCAACUCUUCAGGGAAAUCCGUGGCAAAAUAUGACAAGAUUUUCAGAAACAAGAAGAAGAAUAAACCCCCUGCGGAGAUGGUUGUAGCGCCUGAGGCGAUGGGAGUGCUUGACAUGGUGAUAAUCGGUCUCCUUUGCUGUCGUCAAGCUAUUAGGAGAGAGAGGAGUUCCGGUGGGGGGUAACUAUGUGUCUUGAACGAUUUUCAUGCCAGAUCAGAAAGUCCAACCGUGAACGUGGGAACGCACCGUCGCAUGUCAAAACCUUCUGAUCUCGUUUGGGUCUGCAUUGUUCGUCCGCGUCUUGUCGCGAUGUCGCCUGCUGAAGUGAUGCAAUCUAUGCUGCAUAUUCCCUGCCAUCCGACAUGUGGCGGCUCGGCCAUCGCUACCGCUACCACGUAUAUUCUUAUCAGGCGAUAUGAGCACAGGGCCUCGUGGAAGAAAUCGCUCACAAAAAAAACACAAGUCCCACAGCUUCCUGGAUCAGAUCUUGCCAGCAAUCGAAGAAAGGCUGGC